AUGGCCAAUCAUUCUUCUCUGGUGAGCGAAUUCAUUUUCGAUGGUUUCUCUGGGUUGCCACAUUUGCAGACAUUCCUUUUUGUGGUGGUGCUCUUCAUGUACACCGUGUCACUUGCUGGGAAUGCUACCAUCACUGCCGUGAUCAAGUUAAACCCAGUCCUUCAUACGCCCAUGUACUUUUUCUUGACGAACCUGUCUCUGUUGGAGAUAUGCUAUACAACAGCCAUUGUUCCCAAAAUGCUAGUGAGCCUGGUGUCGGAGAACAGAAAGAUCUCUAUCUGGGGCUGUGCUACUCAGAUGUAUUUCUUCACCCUUUUUGGCAUCACAGAAUGCUGUCUUCUGGCUGCUAUGGCCUACGACCGCUACGUGGCCAUCUGUAACCCGCUGAGGUACACUGUCAUAAUGAAUCGAGGGGUCUGUGCCCAACUCUCAGUGGCCUCAUGGUCAGUGGGGGUGAUAGUAGGACUAGGCCAAACCAACUAUGUCUUUAGCCUGACCUACUGUGGGCCGAAUAGGAUUAACCAUUUCUUCUGUGAUAUUCCACCUCUCCUGACAUUAGCUUGUGGUGAUACCUCAAUGAAUGUCAUUGCUGUAUAUAUGGUGGCUGUUCUUUUCAUCACUACUCCUUUCCUUCUCAUCCUCACAUCCUACAUAUUCAUCAUCAGCUCUAUUUUGAGGAUGCCGUCAGCCGAGGGCAGGCGUAAAGCUUUCUCCACAUGCUCCUCACACCUCAUUGUGGUCUCCUUGUUUUAUGGUUCAGGCAUCAUCACGUAUCUUAGGCCCAAAUCCAGCUAUUCCACAGAGGGUGACAAGUUGCUGGCCCUCUUCUAUACAGUAGUAACUUCCAUGCUGAACCCCAUCAUCUACAGUCUGAGGAACAAAGAAGUCAAAGAGGCCUUGAAGAGAACGGUUAGCAGCGGACUGUUCCCUGGGAAGAUCAAGUAA